AGGAACAAAAGGAACAAAAGGAACAAAAGGAACAGAAGGAACAAAAGGAACAAAAGGGACAAAUAGAAAGUUAGAUGAUAAUGAACUGUGUAGUAGUAUAAUGAAUGGUGUGCAUAGCGAUAACAGUAGUGACAAUAGCAGUAUUGGUCAAAAUAACAACUACAAUAACAACAACUACUACAAUAACAACAACUACUACAAUAACAACAACUACUACAAUAACAAUAACAAUAACAACUACAAUAACAACAACAACUAUGGCUUUAGUAAAGAGUAUAAACCGUUUGGAUUCUUUCCCAAUCAUCACGGACAAAACUAUUAUACAUACGAUAAUCCUUUGGGUAUUCCCUCAUACGAUGAACUUAACUUAGAUUGGAAGAACAAUGGAUGUUUUAAUCAAUUUGGUAAUGCUGGUAAUAGUUUAUUCACUUUCCAACGAGCCAUGCGUGAACACGAUAGGUACAUUUCGAAAAUUUAUGAUGAAAGGGACAAAUUGUUUUUUGCAGAUAUUGCACCAAACAACACAUAUAACAACAGUAAAACUGAUGAUAAAAAUCGUAGUAGUAGUAAUAGUAACAUAAAACGUGAUAGUAGUAGUAGUAGUAGCAGUAGGAGUAGUAAUAGUAGUAGUAGUAGUAAUAAUAGUAGUAGUAGUGAAAGCGAAAAAGUUAAGGGGGACUCACAAGAACGAACACAUUACAGAAAAAAAAGAAAAAAAAAAAAAGAAACGAAAAAACAAGCAGACAUACGAAUUUUUCCACAUGACUUUAUACAACAAGAUAAAAUAAAAACGAAAAAAGAAAAAAAUAUUGAAAAUAUAAAAAAGGAUGAAAGGAUUAAUAAAAAACGUAGAACUUCAUAUGUUAAGAAAAUAACUAAACAAAAAAAUGCUUAUUAUACUGAUGUGGAUAAAUCGUCCAUAAGCAGUAAAUGUAGUAAGGAUAGUAAAGAAAGUAAGGGAAGUAAAAGUAAUACAAAAAAGGAAAGCUCCAAUAAAUACGGCUCUAAAAAAAAAGAUAUAAAAAAAGAUAUAGAUUAUAUAAUAGAAAAAUCAUAUAAAAAUGUAAAACCUGGAAAUGUAAUAAGAUUAGAGUUGUACCGCUCAGCAUAUUCUACUCCAACUCCAAAUAUACCCAUAGAACCAUCUCCCUUUGAAGAAUGGUUAUUUUCAAACCCUUAUUAUCGCAAUCAGCAUAGGUCUGGUAAUGAAUACAAUAGAGGAUUUUUUAGUCGUUAUCCUGAUAUAGGUCCCAAUCAGUUUAGGUCUCCUAAUGAAUACAAUAGAGGAUAUUCUAGUAGUUCUGCUGAUAUAGGUCGCUUCGACACUAAUCUAAAUAUCCCUUCAAUUGCUAGUAUCGCUCAUAAUUUGUUGAGUAGUGACAUAUUUAAUUCUCGUUUCAACAAUUUUACACAUGGUCUUUUUGGUGACUUAAAUUUCCGAUUCUUCAGAUUAAAUAAUAAUAAUUCGACUGCAACUAAUGAAGA